AUGGCAUCAGCUAAUGUCAGAAGCGGGCGUUACUAUUGCCAUGGUUUCGUUGAAGAAAUUGAUCCUAACGAUAUGGAUUCGGUAAUUAAUGACUUCAGUGGAAAUCCAGAUAUGCCUCCAAUCUCUAACUUUCUAGCAGCCAUUCAGUCUGCCUUGGGCAACAUUACUGUUGGAUUUACAAGUGACAACCCAAAUCUGAAUACCUCUCAAGACGAGCCGGUCUCGGCAAACACGAGGUCACGGUCACAACGAAGGCCGGAUAUGAUGAUGGGAGGAAUAGAACUUUUUAUGCAAAUGCUAUUGAAUGCUGAUUUGAAUCCGUUUAAUAUGGGUGGACCUCCACCUGCUACGCCGGCAGAUAUUGCUUCACUUCCCAGAAAAAUUUUGUCGAAAGCGGAUCUCAAAACAUAUGAUGUUUGCUCGAUAUGUCUGGAAAAGUUUUCAGUUGACGAUGAAAUACUUACAUUACCCUGUUUGCACGGCUUCCACCAGCCCUGUCUAUCAACAUGAAGGGUUCCUGUCCCAUUUGUCGCAAGGACAUGCAGGGUCGGGAUAGCUCAUAGUACUCUUCUAUCCUUGGUGACAUCUAUUAACUUCGAGAAUUCUCGUUUUAUCAAAGUCUUCGGCGGACGUUUGAUCGCGUUAGCGCAGUCUUAUUUACGUGCUCCGUCACUUGUAAAGUUGCCUUUUUCUGGGAGAUACACAUUUCAACUUGAAUUUCUUCACGCAAUAUCCUCCAUUUAUUUUACUCCCAUACAAUCUCUACUGCUGAGAAUGCGACAUCCUUUCUGA